AUGGACGCAACAUACACAAUGGCUCCGACUCCGGUCCAAAGCCAACCUUCGUUUGCAUACUACCCCGACUCGACAUCACAACAAGGCCACUACACCAGCCAGCCCCAAGACGUGCCGUACUAUGGACAGAUGCAGUACGCUCAGCACGGGGCUGAGCAGCCGAUUUACUCGACUCAGCCGGUCAUGAACAUGCACCAGAUGGCCACCACUAAUGCCUUCCGCGGUGCCGCCAUGAGCAUGACCCCAAUUGCCUCGCCGCAGCCCUCGCAGAUGAAGCCCGCCAUCUUUGUGCAGCAGGGCUCCCCCGCCUUGAUGCCUCUGGACACCCGCUUCAUCAAUGCCGACCUCUAUGCCUUCCCGACCACACCCCCUCUGUCCUCGUCUGGCAGCUCCAUCAGCAGCCCUCCGUCCGCCAAUGGCACGCUGCACACCCCGAUCAACGACGGCUUCUUCACCUUUGAGAAGGUGGAGGGCGUCAAAGAAGGGUGUGAGACGGACGUGCACACGGAGAUCUUGGCCAACCCGGACUGGUCGCGCGCCGACUCCCCACCGAUGACACCUGAUGGGCGAACUCCUCAUGCAAGGGGGAAGACGAUCAAACACAAGACUAAUUCGGGAGGCUCGUUAGUGUUUAUUCACCCACCAUCGCUCCUCGCCAGCCAUACGUCGGAUCUCCUCUCCGCCACGUCCUGCCCCUCGCUCUCGCCCUCGCCUUCCCCGGUCCCCUCCGACAUCCUUGCCCACUCUCAGGCUCUGACGGCAGAGUCGGACCUGCCUCCUCUGCCGACGCUUACCUGCGACGCGGAGGAGCCUCGUGCGGUCGUGGGCAGCGCGUCGGUGACUCUGCCGGUCAAUGAGAACCCUUCGCCUUCCUUCACUGCCUCGACCGAGGACCCUCUGAGCUCCCUGCCCACCUUCGACAGCUUCUCCGACCUCGACUCCGACGAUGAGCUGAACCGCCUGGUGGAGUUCCACCCGGGUGCCAACGCCGUAUACUUGGGUGGUAAGCGCCAGCGUGUGCCCCAGUACAUGGUCGAGGACGAUGGAUUCCUGAGCGAGCAUAGUCUGGAGGACUCGGACGAGCACGAGGCCUUCCUUCACCAUGGUCUUCCUUCCUUCGAGUGGACCGAGUCGACUCAGCCCCAGCUCGAGGAGGCCGAAGAGACCGCCGAGGAGGAAAUCAAGUCCAAGAAGCGCAGCCACCGCAAGUCAUCCCGGAAAACCACCCACUUUGAGGAGGAAGAGGAGGAGGAGCCCGUCAAGAAGAUCGCCGUGGCCCACUCUGAGUGCAGUGCCCCCUCCGUGGGCUCCCCGGCCACCGACUCCGAGCCGGCCCCUGUGUCCAUCAACCGUCGCGGCCGCAAGCAGUCGUUGACAGAUGACCCGUCGAAGACCUUUGUCUGCACCCUGUGCUCACGUCGGUUCCGCCGCCAGGAGCACCUGAAGCGCCACUACCGCUCUCUGCACACCCAGGACAAGCCGUUCGAGUGCCACGAGUGUGGUAAGAAGUUCUCCCGCAGCGACAACCUAGCCCAGCAUGCUCGCACGCACGGUGGGGGUUCCAUUGUCAUGGGUGUCCUGGACUCCAGCGAGGCCGGGAUGUCGUUUGACGAGCAACACGACGCGGGGGCACUGGGCCAGGUGAUGUACGAGGCUGCCCAGUCCGGUGUCGACGCCGACGACUCCCCUGCCGCGGACCGCCGCGCGGCGAAGAAGCGCAAGCGUGACUUGGCCUAA